GGGCCGGGCCCGGCCCCUCCCACCUCCUCGCGCUCCUCCAGCCCAGCGGCUCGCGCCCCUCGGCGCUGCGGCCUCGCCCCCGGCAGCCCCCCCCGCCCCCUCGCCGGGCCCGCUGCACUGUGGGUAGACGGCGGCCGCUGCCGCUCAGACGAGCCCGCGGCGGCGAGGGCGACGGCGGCGGAACGAGGAGGCUGCGCGCGCCGAGGAUGGCUGAGAAGCAGAAGCACGACGGGCGCGUCAAGAUUGGACACUACGUGCUGGGGGACACGCUGGGCGUCGGCACCUUCGGCAAAGUCAAGAUUGGAGAACAUCAAUUGACAGGCCAUAAAGUGGCAGUUAAAAUCUUAAAUAGACAGAAGAUUCGCAGUUUAGAUGUUGUUGGAAAAAUAAAGCGAGAAAUUCAAAAUCUGAAACUCUUCCGUCACCCUCACAUUAUCAAACUAUACCAGGUGAUCAGCACUCCAACUGAUUUUUUUAUGGUAAUGGAAUAUGUAUCUGGUGGUGAAUUAUUUGACUACAUCUGUAAACAUGGACGGGUUGAAGAGAUGGAAGCCAGGAGACUCUUUCAACAGAUCCUUUCUGCCGUGGAUUAUUGUCAUCGGCAUAUGGUUGUUCAUCGAGAUCUGAAACCAGAGAAUGUGCUAUUAGAUGCACACAUGAAUGCCAAGAUAGCUGACUUUGGAUUAUCUAAUAUGAUGUCAGAUGGUGAAUUUCUGCGAACUAGUUGUGGGUCUCCAAAUUAUGCAGCACCUGAAGUCAUCUCGGGCAGGUUGUAUGCAGGCCCUGAAGUUGAUAUCUGGAGCUGUGGGGUGAUUCUGUAUGCGCUGCUUUGUGGCACACUCCCCUUUGAUGAUGAGCAUGUGCCUACCUUGUUUAAGAAGAUCAGAGGGGGCGUUUUUUAUAUUCCAGAGUAUCUUAAUCGUUCAGUUGCCACUCUCCUGAUGCAUAUGCUGCAGGUUGACCCUCUGAAAAGAGCAACCAUCAAAGACAUAAGAGAGCAUGAAUGGUUUAAACAAGAUUUGCCUAGUUAUCUAUUUCCUGAAGACCCCUCCUAUGAUGCUAACGUCAUUGAUGAUGAGGCUGUGAAAGAAGUGUGUGAAAAAUUUGAGUGUACAGAAUCAGAAGUAAUGAAUAGUCUCUAUAGUGGUGAUCCUCAGGACCAGCUUGCAGUGGCUUAUCAUCUUAUUAUUGACAAUCGGAGAAUAAUGAAUCAAGCCAGUGAGUUCUACCUCGCCUCUAGUCCCCCAACUGGUUCUUUUAUGGAAGAUAGUGCCAUGCAUAUUCCCCCAGGUCUGAAACCUCAUCCAGAAAGGAUGCCACCUCUUAUAGCAGACAGCCCAAAAGCAAAAUGUCCACUGGAUGCACUGAACACAACUAAGCCCAAAUCUUUGGCUGUGAAAAAAGCCAAGUGGCAUCUUGGAAUCCGAAGUCAAAGCAAACCUUAUGAUAUUAUGGCUGAAGUUUAUCGAGCUAUGAAACAGCUGGAUUUUGAAUGGAAGGUGGUGAAUGCAUAUCAUCUUCGAGUAAGAAGAAAAAAUCCAGUGACUGGCAAUUAUGUGAAAAUGAGUUUACAACUUUACCUGGUUGAUAAUAGAAGCUAUCUUUUGGAUUUUAAAAGCAUUGAUGAUGAGGUGGUGGAGCAGCGGUCUGGUUCCUCAACACCCCAGCGUUCCUGCUCUGCUGCUGGUUUACACAGACCAAGAUCAAGUUUUGAUUCUGCAACUGCUGAGAGUCAUUCACUUUCUGGUUCUCUCACUGGUUCUUUGACUGGAAGCACGAUGUCUUCAGUUACACCCCGUCUGGGAAGUCACACCAUGGAUUUUUUUGAAAUGUGUGCCAGUCUGAUAACUACUUUAGCCCGUUGAUGCUUCUUUAGUUUCUAUCCUUCUGUUACCACACUGUGAAAAUCAGUUAUAUUCUUUAAAUUAUUAUCUUAUUUUGGGGUAUCACGUAAUCUGCAAUACGGAUUGAGAGAUGUUAAUGUCACCAGGGGACACUCAUUGCCAUUGAAAUUACUGAACACAAAGUCUGACAUUUUACUUACCUGUCCAAAUCUGCAAUUUGAUUUUACCUAUGAUAAAUCCACACUGUUCUUACUAGGUGAA